CGGGCAAAUCUCUAAAAUUUAACACUAUAUAAGUACUUAGUAGUCUAAAAAUAUAUUAGCUAAGUGAAUCGCCGACUUACGAAAGAUAAAAUGACUUCUUCAGGUUCAGGUUUUCGGGCAGCCGUAUUGCAGUUGACUGUCACGCCCGACAAAUCAACAAACAUAGCCAUCGCUGUAAAACGUAUUCAGCAAGCAAAGUCGAAAGGCUGCACAUUAGCUGUAUUACCAGAAUGUUUUACUACACCAUACGACAAUGCUUUGUUUAGAAAAUACGCUGAAACCAUUCCUGAUGGUGAAACAUGUAAAGCUUUGUCACAAGCUGCCAAAUCAAAUAAAAUGUACGUUGUAGGUGGUUCAAUCCCAGAAUUAUGUGAUAACAAAGUCUACAAUACGUGUACGGUUUGGGAUCCGAAUGGAAACCUGAUAGCCAAACAUAGAAAAGUUCAUUUAUUUGAUGUAAAUAUUCCCGGUAGUACUUGCUUCAAAGAAUCUAAUGCUAUGUCUCCAGGCAAUACACUUAAUACGUUCCAAUUGGACAAGUAUAAAGUUGGACUAGGUAUUUGUCAUGACAUGCGAUUUUCGGAAAUGGCAGCAUUAUAUCAAAAACAAGGAUGUGAUUUGUUGAUAUACCCUGGUGCUUUUUGCACGGAGCUUGGACCCCCACAUUGGAGCUUGUUAAUUAGAUUCAGAGCAUUGGAAAAUCAAACAUUUGUAAUUGCUGCUUCACCGGCCAGAGACACUAAAUCUAAUUACGUAGUAUGGGGUCAUUCAAUGGUUGUGGAUCCAUGGGGUAAAAUUGUAGAAGAAGCUGAUGAAAAAGAUAUGGAUUUAUAUGUAGAUCUUGAUUUUACUCUUCGGGAAAACAUUAAACAGCAAAUACCCAUUAAAAAUCAAAGAAGAACUGAUAUAUACGAUACAAUUGAUGUGAAAAAUAUGAAUUAAUGCAACUCUGAUUGAUUGAUACUUAUAAUUAGACCUAUAAAUAGUCUAAUUGGCAUUUUUGGAAAUCGGAAAAUGGAAAUUAUUUUAAUCAUAUAUUAAGAGUUUUACUAGCUUGUAAGAAAAAAAAAUGUUGAAA